GCUGUAGUUGCGAUGUGCGUUACUAUUCGAUAGAUGGGUUUUUCAGGGGUUCUAGGAACUCGUGUUUCAACUUGUCUGAGUGAACCCUAUCUAAUCCCCGUAGACGUUCAAAUGGAAUGCUUCGGGUCAGUCUAUUAUAUCCACUCAUAAAUGGGGUCAUCCUUUUCGAAUUUAAACAAGUCUUGGGGAUGUACAAGUUUCGGAACUUCUGGUAACAGAAGUAAUCGUAAAGAAUUAAGUGCAUUUUGCCGUUGUCCUAAGAAUUGUUCAUCUGGAUAUACGUUAUCUAACACUUCACAAACCAAGACUAAUUCGCUGCCAGUAGAUGAACUAUCAGCUUCUGUUAUAACAAGUCCAGCUGCGAUUAGUACAUACAGUUGUACAUGUAAAAACUCUUUAGUGCAUUAUAAUCUAAACUCUGAUACACAUUUUUCUAAUUUGGACAAUAGUUAUCAAUUAUGUGGUGUUGGUUCACAAGCAUUUGUAGUACCUGCUAAUUCAAAUAUUUCUAUCAGCAGUCCUAUUCUACAGUCUGAUUUUAAACAAGAAUACAAUAGUAGUCAUACACAGUGUACUGAUGAUGCCGAGAAGUGUGCUAACAUUGAUACAAUUAAAAAAGACAGUGUAUUUACAGAUCUUUCAAUACUGACUGAUUGUGCAAUUGAUCAAUUCCGAAAUCUUAUAUCUUCUUGGUCAUGUAAUGAUUUAUGUUGUCUUUAUUUGGAAUAUGAAGCAUUAUAUGAACUGCAACUGUUAUGGAAAGAAGCAAUUAAAACUAGAUUAAGGGCUCCUACUCUUAAGGAGGAUCUUUGUUCUUUAGCUCAACAUGGUUGGUGUUUUAAUAUGUAUCUUAUUCAUAAUCAUUCAACUCAUAAAGCUCAUUCAUAUUUAUUAGCUUCACAGUUAAAUAAUUUCAAUGAAUUAUUAUUUACUUCAUUGAAUUAUGAACAGUCGCAUAGAUGGUGUUAUUUAAACAAAUCAACAAUUGAUAAUCAUAAUUUAAUGAAAAAUAUUACUACUAACAUUUCUGCUACCAUUAUUGUUAAUAAUGAUGACAAUAUUAAUACUUCUACUACUACUACUACUAAUAACAUCUUGAUUAAUUCACUUUCCAUAUCCGACAAACAUAUUGAUCAAUUAUUCAAUGUUCAAUCUGAAACAUGUCCUGAUUUAUUAUCUAGUUCAUAUUUAAAAUUACAAGAUACUUCAUCGAAAGUGAACAUGUUCAAUACUACUACUACUACGACUACUACUACUACUACUUAUCCAUAUGAAAAUCGACAACACUUAUCGAAUUUCAAUUCUACACAUCAUUGUGUAAAUGUGAACAACAAUCAAGAUGAAUUGAAUUCAUUGGAAAUGUUAACUAAUUUUCUAUGUCAAUUAUAUACAGGAAAUUAUACACAAAAAUUAAUUUCUAAACCAGAUUUAUUAAAUCAACCAGAAAUUAAAGAGAGAAUAAUCACUACAUAUAAUAAUAACACUACUAUUACUAGUAGUAAUAAUGAUAGUAAUAAUAAUAAUAAUUUACUGGAAUUGUAUAAUUUUCUAAAAUCAUCACCUCCACAUCAAUGUUUAUUAUCGCAUGACUGUGAAUUAAUCUUUACAUCUCCAUCGAUAUUUAAUUUAACAUCGAUUACUCUACCAUGUCAUGCAGGUAUAUUAGCUUGUCGUUCACAAUUUCUACGUCGGAUUUUAUUAAAACGUGGUAAAUCCAACUUUAACACUACUACUAAUACUACUACUACUACUACUACGAGUAGUAUACAAAAUUCUAUACAUAAAAUUAUUUUAGAUGGUAAAAUAAUACCAGGACAUUUUGCUACUGUGAUUUUACACUUUUUCUAUUGUGAUUAUCUUAAUUUAAAUGAAUUAUCCAAUGUAUUAUUGAUUUUUAAUCAACACACAUUAUUGAAUAAAUUACAUUUUAAUUGGCACAUUGAACAUAAUCAGUUGAUUAAAACUACUACUACUACUACUACUAGUAGUAGUACUAAUCAUAAUAAUAAUAAUUUUACAUGUUGCAAGUCAUUCAUUGAACAAAACUUGCGGUCGUCAUCAUCAUCUUCAACGACUACGACAACAACAACACCUGUAUCUAAAUGUACACAUGCUUAUUCAUCAAGUUAUUGUACAGAAUCUACUGAUUCAGGAUCAUUUUUUACAUUGAUUGAAUUUUUAAUGAAUAAUUCAGAAUUUUAUGUGAAACAAUUUUGUUUAAAAUGUCCAUUUUGUCUGACACAUCUAAUUCAACUUUAUCCAAUUGGAGCAAUUUUAGAAUUUCAUAGACUUUCUGAAGUAUGUGAAGAUUUGUUAGCAGAAGCUCUUAGUUUACCAUCAACUAAUGUUGAAAAUUAUGAAAAUAAUAACUGCAAACAUUUGUCUACUAGCACUACUACUACUACUACUACUACUACUACUAAUACAACUGUUCCAAAAAAACAACAAGAUAUGUCUUCCUCUGUAAAAAUGAGUUCUAUCAGUUUAGCUGUUGGUCUAUUAAAAUGGAUCGAUGAAAAAUCCCCAUCAUCAUCAACAUCUUCAUCUUUGCCUGAACUAUUUUUCAACACUCAAUUUUCACAGCAUAAUAAUAAAAGUGCUUCAGACUCUCCAAUUGUUGUUAGUCAACAAUUUAAAUCUAAUGAAGAUUUUUCAUCUACUAUGGAUCAUCAAUACAGUUUUCAAUUUAAUGAUCAUAAAAAUCUUCAAAUUUCUUCACCUUAUAAUGGAACAUCACUUGGUUUUGUAUAUCAUCAUGCUAUACAAUGUUUACGAGAAAAUUUCUCCGCAUUAGUUCGUUCACCGUUUAUUUUAAGACGGUUAUCACCGCAACACCUUCAUGAAUUGCUUGAUUCUAGCCUUGUUCAAGCACCUGAAUCUGAAAUUCUCGCUGGUCUGUUAUGUUGGGCUGAGUUUCAACUUAAAUUUAAGCAGAAUACAUGUUUUGAUGCUCAAUCUGCAAAUGUAUGCCCUAGUAGAGAUGAUAAUGAAAUCAAUAAUCAUCAAUCGAACAAAUCAUUCAACAAUCAUAUUUUCACUGAAUAUCAAUCAAUUUUAACAUCAAUCAUUGAUAAUCCAUCUGUUUUGAACUGUAAUCAAUCCGAUUCGGCAGAAGAAGAAAAUGAUGAUCUUUUUUCCUAUUUUAAUCAUUGGUUGCUAUUAUGUCUCAACUGGGAUAAUAAUAAUAAUAAUAAUAAUAAUAAUAACAGUAAUAAUAAUGCAGGCAAUUGCAUGAAAAAGUCUACAUCAAUGAUGGAUAAUUAUGUAUCCAGUUUGUCAUCCUCUUGUCAAUUAUGUCAUCCUCCUCCUCAUCAUCAUCCGACUACUACUACUACUAAUAGUAAAUGUUUUUCCAUUGAAUCUUUUCUUCGCAGUCAUCAUCUUGGUCAAUUCAUCACUAGUUAUUGUACACAAUUGAUUGAUUUUAAAGCAAUUGUGAAUUUAUUAAAUGAAUAUAAUUUACUGGAUUGUAUUCGACCAGCGCAUUUACUUAGUUCUAUGCCUAAUGAAUUAUUAGCCGACAUUCUAUUACGUCAUCAUCAUCAUCAUGUACAGGCUGAUCAUCAACACAAUUUGAAUGUAUAUCAUUCAUCUUAUUUAAUUCGAGAUUCUGUGAAUAGAAGCACAGAUUUAAUGAAUUCACCGUGGAAUUCAUUUAUUCAAUUGAUAAAGAAGUCUUCCCCGUCGAUUUACUCAGAGAAACAAUUUACAUUUGCAAAACUACUAUCCAAUCAUUGCAAUAGUCUGUCACCUGCACAAUUCUCAGAAAAAUAUCAUUGGGCCAGUCUAUUAUUAACUAAUAAUAGUAAUAAUCAUGAUAAUCUUUCAAUGAAUCAUCAACUGAAUUCCAAUCAUCUGAUUGACAAUGAUUGUGUUUGUUGUUGGAAUAAACAACAUCUUGUUGACAACAAUUCAUCAUCAUCAUCACCAAUCAAAAAUCCCAAUGAUAAUAAUAAUGAUGAUGAUACAAGCAAACAAAUGAAAUCACAAUUGAAAUUAUUAUUUAUUCCACCUAGAUUAUAUUAUCCAUUUUUCAAUGAAGUUCGAAUGCUUUUUAUUCAAAAACAUGCAAUACAUCAUCAAAAAUUACAUCUAUUGCAUAAUGAUACUACUACCAGUAAUAAUAAUAAUAAUAAUUUCCAUUCCCAAUCACAAUCCACUGAAUGUACAUGUUGGGAAUUUUUAUUAUCACAUAACUUUGAUCAGCAGCCAUGCCAUACAAUAAAUUUCUCACCGAUUCCAACGAAACACAUUCAUUCACCGCCAUCAUCAUCUUGUAAUCAAUAUCAUCAUCACCAUCAUCAUCAUCAUAAAUCUUUACAUUUCAAUCAUCAACCAUCACAUACUACUACUGCUACUACUAAUAAUAAUAGAGAUUAUUCACGUGAUCUUCAAUCAUUAGAAUGUGAUUUAAGUUUUCCAGAUUUAGCUAAGAAACGUUUCGGUUCAAAAGUAUUUAAUCAUCAUAAUCAUAGCCAUAAUGAUCAUAAUCAUCAUCAGCAUAAUAAUAAUCAUCAUAAUUAUCAGUUUUUUAUGAAUAAAAAGUUCACCAUAUGUUGUGAUUAUAAAUGUCGUGAUUUUGCUUAUUGUUUAUUACCAUCUAGUCAAUGGACUAGUAUUAUUGAUUAUUACAUGAGAUUAGUUCGUGAAUUUAUGAAUGAUCCAAUAAGUCAUCAUCCUUGCACAAACAUCAAUCAUAUUGAUCAUAUUCUCCGGCUGCGUUCAUUAUGGAAGUAUGGUUUACCGGAUUCGUUGGAAAGUUUACUUUUAUGUAGAAUUAAUGAAUAUAUGUUUAUGUUACAACAACAACAACCAUCACCUUCACCAUCACCACCGCCCACAACAACAGCGACAACAACAGCAGUGACCACACCAAUAAAACAACAAAAACAACCACAGUAUUAUUAUUACACAACAGCUGAUUGUUGUAGUAAUCCAGUGAAAAAUAUCAAUACAUUCACAACAACUAUGAGAAAUCCUAUUGACUCUGUUAACAGUACAAUUAAUUGUACGCCUACAAUGACUGUCACUUCAACAACAACACCAUCAUCAUCAUCAUCAUCAUCUUUCUUAUCUGUAUGUAAUAAUGAUGAUAGUCUAUCAGUAGUUAUGAGUAGUACCUAUUGUUGUGAACAUUGUACUACUACUACUACUACUACUAAACAGCGUCAAACAUUCAAUUCGAAUGCUCUAAUUAGUAGGAAAUCAAUAAAAAGUGGUGAUGGAUACACGAAUAAUAAAACUACUCCAACUAUUCAAAUUACUUCACAAUCAUUAUAUUCAUUGUCUUCAAAUAAUUUACAUAGUACUACUACUAAUAGUAAUGUGAAAAAUAAUCAUCAUAAUAAUACUCAUCAUCAUAAAUUAAUGAAACAUUCAAGCCAUCAUCAUCGUCAUUAUUAUUUAAUGCCACCGAUUAGUAAAGAAUCUCAGUUAUGUCCAAUUUGUAAUGAUCAGGUAACUUUGCCGGCAAUUCCAAAAACUCAUAAAUCAUCCUCUUCAAACAAUAAAUUAUUUUGCACUAAUCAUGAGAAAUUACCGAAUAACAACAACAACAACACUCACUGUCUCAUAUCCUCCUCCUCGUCCUCCUCUACUUCUUGUAAGCAAUGUAGAAAUCUUUUAAAAUCACUGAAACCAUCUUAUCAUCAUUGUAAAAAUGAUUCAUAUUUUCCUACAUGUAUUAUUAUGAAACAACAGAAUGUAUGCGCCCAGUGUAUGCCUUCUUCAUCUAGGAAUAAUCAUAAUCAUAAUAAUAACAAUACUACUUAUAUUACUAAUUUCAGUAAUCUAUCGCUUCGUGAACAACAACAAUUUGCCAAAAAUCAAUUCACUCGUGAUAUUUAUUUUGAUUCUAAUUAUCAAUUAAACAAUAAUUUAUUACUUCCUUCUUCUUCUGUUAUCAAUGAUCAAACAGUGAAAAGAAAUCAUAAAUCAAAUGAUCUGGAUCGAUCACAUGAUCAAUGUCUGCAACCACAACACCAACAACAAUCAUCAAACACGUUCUAUUGUCCUUCUUAUACUAAUAAACAUAAAUUAUCUUCUGAUUCAUUGAAAAUUUCAUCUAGUCCAUGUUGUAGGAGAGCGUUGUUUACUGAUGCUAUUGUUGAGAGUGAUGUGAAGAUUGGAAAAAAGCCACUAUGUUGUCCUUAUGUGUCAUAUUCACAACAAACACUACUGCUCUCAUCACCGCCACCACGACCAACAUCAUCACCAUCAUCAUCAGCAGCGCUGUUGUCUUCUUCAACAAUCUCUUUAAUGCAUUUAACCAAUACUGAUAGUAAUUUGAAAUUUACUACUAAUUAUAAAGAUAUAAGUAGUAGAAAUGUUAGUAGUAGACAUGUUAGUCUAACUGAAGAACAAUAUGCAUGCAGAUCAAUGAAAUUAUCCGGCAAAAAAAAUGUGAAUUAUAAUAAUGAUGAUGAGAAUGAGAAACAUUUACAGAAUACCAUUUAUUUGCCUUUAUUACUCACAUUACAAAGUCAUGUGAGUAAUGACCAAUAUUAUCAGCAUAGUAAUAAUAAUAGGUCUUUAGUUUUUACAAAGAAGAACAAGAAGAAUAAAUCAGACUUGUAUUCAGAUUCUACAGCAUACUAUUCCUCCUCCUCCCCUUCAUCCUCUUCAUCUUCAUCGUCGUCUUCAUCAUCAUCAUCAUCUUCCUCUUCAACUGGUUUCUCACCAACAAAUUCAUCGCCAUUGUCAAGUGCAAGUGAUUCACUACAUUAA